AUGGAUUCAUUGCCUACAGUGCCUGUGAAACAUGCCAACUUUUUGGCUUACCUUCAAUCAAAUCCAGAGACCCCUAUACAGGAGUUGGUAAAACCUUACAAUGCAUUCGAUGGUGUUGCGCGGAAGAUAUAUGCACAGAUGCCAUUCCAUCCUUUGGUGAUGGACAAUCAUGCCAACACUGUACCGCUCUACGGUCCUGAUGGAACCACUGAUAUUCGAAUCCGUGCACGAGAUCUUACUUCCGAGAGCCCCGAAGCUAAAGAAAAGUACAUCUUGCCUCUGGAAGAUAGUGUCCGCAGACCUAAUGGUUCACCCGCGUUUGUCCCAACGCUGGCCGAGUUCCAACAAAAUUUUGCCAUCUUCACGGAAAACUCCUUGAGUGAACUGGACUGGAGCAAUGUUGUGGCUGCGGGAAGUGCGGUGGUGACCUCUGCUCUGCCUAUACCAGAAGAACAUCGAGGCUCAAAGAGAUCUCUCCGCCAAUACUACCAUGAUCAGUUUGCACCGGCAUCGGAUGUGGAUCUUUUUCUUUACGGUUUGACUGAGGAACAGGCCGUUGAGAAGAUAAAGCAUAUUGAAACCAAGAUCCGGAAUUCCAUCUUGCAUGAGACCACCACAAUUCGUACGAAGAACACUGUCACUAUUGUCUCGCAAUAUCCUACCCGUCAUGUGCAGAUCGUGCUUCGUAUCUAUCGCUCCAUUGCGGAGAUCCUCACUGGGUUCGACGUCGAUUGUUCCUGUGUGGCCUAUGAUGGCAAGCAGGUCUAUGCAUCCCCACGGGCAGUCACAUCAUACGUCACCCAGGUGAAUCAAGUUGAUCUUACUCGGCGCUCACCAUCGUAUGAGAAUCGAUUGUCCAAAUAUUCUCAUCGUGGCUUUGAGGUAUUCUGGCCGCAGCUGGACCGAUCAAAGGUUGACCCUACGAUCUUUGAGCGAAGCUUCAAUCGAACAGAGGGGCUUGCCCGCCUUUUGGUUCUGGAGAAACUUCCCAACCCGACAGAUCGGGACUCAUAUCUAGCAAAGAGACGCUCAGAGCGUGGUCGACCACCUCCUAGCUUCUUCAUGAAGCGUCAAAGACGAGAGCUGAGAGGAAAUAUCAAGAAUGAAUGGCAGGAUGAAGUGCCUGAGUGGCAGGAGGAAGACCAAGUGUCUAACUACCAUACGUUUACUAUCCCAUAUGGCCGAAAAUUCAACGCUCGUAGUAUCGAAAAGCUGUUGUACACAAAGGAUUUGCUUUUGAAUGCCCAGUGGAACCAGCCGAAAGACCGUGCAGUCUAUCUGCACCGUCAUCCAGCGUUCUUUGGCGACGCAGAAAAUGUCAUCGGGGAUUGUUGUGGCUGUUGUCCCGAGCCAUCUACAGAUGAAGAGCGAAAAAUUUCUGAAGAAGAGAAUAAGAUGUACAUCUCCGGCCCCGUCACUUUCUUGAAAGAUGAUCCUGGUCGCCAGGAGAUUGGCAGUUUCAACCCAAUCACCGAAACUGACUGGACAGAGAUGGCGUAUGUUGGUGACACGGAGCGACUUUGUCAAGCAGUUGUAUCUGAAGAUGUGGAGGCCGUCAAAAGCAUUUUGGUCGGCGAAGACGCCAGCCCUGAUAGCCGUGACUAUACUGGUCGCACACCACUUCAGCUAGCUUGUAUCUCAUCCACACCAGAGGUGGUCCAAUGUCUUGUGGACCAUGGAGCUCGACUGAUCGCUCGCAUGGCCGACGGAAAGACGGCUUUGCAUCUUGCAGCUGCUCGAGGCAAUGUUGAGAUCGUUCGCAUUCUUCUGACGAAGAGCAAUCAAAAUGAAGAAGCAGAAGCUAAUGAAGAGCUGAAGAAGAGGAACAAAAAGGAACUGGUCGGCAGCGAAUAUGAGGAUGAAAUGCGCCACGCGGAUGAUGCUUCGCACACUUCUGCAUCCUACGUCAAGGUUGAGAAAGCAGAUAAAAGCGACGGUGCAAAUACUGAAUCUCUGGAAGAAAAUGAUCAAGAGCCAGAUAUCUUCGACAUCAAUGCAGCUGCCUGGGAUAGUCUUGCUUCGCCUCUUCACCUGGCCGUUCUUCAUGGCCACAACGACGUCGUCUCUGAGCUUGUUUCCUCCUUUGGAGCCGACGUUUUAAUACCAGUCAAAAUUCUGAACAGUUUCAACAGAGAGCCAGAGGCUUCCCUCCUCAACUUGGUUCUAGCCCUUGCUCUUCCAUUUGAUAAAGCAAGGAGCAUGUCGCAAACACUUUUGAAGCUCGGCGCCUCUCCUGCCCAGGCAGAUCUAGACCAACACACUCCACUGAAUUACAUUGCUCAGUCCAGUUACAGUGAUCUCCUGGUUGUGUACUUGGAACAUGAUGGUCCGGCACUCCAGCGAGCAAUCAACCAUCUGCCUCUAGCAAGUGUGGCGAGCUGGAGGGACUCCACAUUCUUUUCCGCUUUGAUGAGUGCAAUUGCAACACGGAAUUCCAAAUCUGCAAUCAAGUUGCUGGAGUUAGGUGCAAAGCCGAAGUUUGAACUUGACUACUUGAUGAAUGCUGUCAAAUCCCAGGUUCCUGACUUGGGGUUAGCUAGGGUUUUAGGCGAGCAAAUUGAAAAAAGCGUUACUCAACCUGUCUUUCUUGCCACAGAGAAGGACUUGCCAUUGAUUGCUAUCGAGCUACUCCGUCGAGGUGCCGAUCCCAAUUCCGAACGGAUACAAGGCUGGGGUGAGAGGAAAUCUACAAUUCUGGACUGCGUUCGGAAUUCUUUGAACUCGAAGCGAGACUUCUUAAAGCCAAAGAAGAUGGGAGGACAGUAUUUUGGGUUUGACCGCUCUACGGUAUUCGAGAAAGACGACGAAUCAUACCUGGCAGAGUAUCCUAAGGCUCAUUACCAGAGAUUUGUCGCCCAAUAUCAAUUGCAAACGGCCCGCGAGCGGCAAAGGUCGUUUGAGGAAAGGCAUGGGGUGCAUGACACUACUAUAGCAGAACCUGGUCUCCUCGAGAAAAAGGAGGCUGUUGCAAAGUUGAUUCGCGAUUAUGAGCUCCUUGAGACUGAACUGGUAGCACGAGGCGCGAAGACAGUUGAAGAGCUAUACCCGAUUGGCCAUGCUAGCCUCCAAGCAAAGAUACGACCCCGCCAAUUGCCUGGUGCUGAAGAUAAUGGAAAUAUCUUCCGGAUCGAUUUCAAAUUCGAAACGCUCGCACUGACUGACACAACGCGCAAUGGAUAUGUGCAACUGUUUGAGGCAGCAUGGGAUGGCGAUGUGAAGACAAUUAAGGCAUUGACUUCUAGCAUGUGGGGACCAUCUCAAGAUCAGCCACCUCUUGAGAUUGCAGUUUGCGAUAAUAUGAACAACUCGUGUCUCUCUAUUGCGAUUCUUCGCGGCCAUCUAAGCACUGCUGAGGCAAUCAUCAUCAUUCUUCGUGAUCAAUUUAAGAAAAAGAUGCCGCAGGGCCAAGUGAGAUUUGAGAUGCCGAUAGACUCUGAUGCAGAGAAUUCGGACGCGGAAUCAUCCAAUGGCGAAGGAAUCAACAUUAUCAGCCGCACUUUUGACGAUCGGUUCACCCAUGAGAAUGUUGGAGAGGUCGUGACCCAAGUCGAAAGUCAAGUCUCUCCCUUGGCAGCCCUGCAAAAACGCUGCGGUGCUUCUCGAUUCCUUCUCGAUUCUUCGGAAUUGACAUUCAAAGAAUAUAAAUCAGAAGGCCAAUGCACGUAUUUUAGUAUUGACACACUCUUGCACUACGCUAUUAUCAAAAAUGACAUCUCGCUCCUCGAUUUCCUUCUCAAGCUCGGGGAGAAAUGUGCAGGAUUUGACGAGCCUGCGAAGGAGAAGUUUACUAUCUCGCAGAGGGAUUUCCAACUUGCAAUUGCCUUGGGUCAUUUGGACUGCUUGGUCAGAAUGAUUCAAUUCUCUGCAGUAGGUCUUCCACUCGCCAAGAUGUGCGAACAGUCCGGCGUCAAGCCAAAGGAAGAACACCUCUAUUACCCCGGCUUGUCCAUUCGUGGAAAGAAGCGUAAGGACUGGGCGGAUGCUGGCCGAGUCCAAGAAAUGCCCCCACCAGGCUCACGACCUCCCUUGUUGAUUGCAGCCAUUCAAGGAAGUCUCACGGCCACCGAAUGGUUCCUUGGCACUGCACCGGGCAGGCACUAUGUGGACUACGUGAAUUCGCACAUGGAAGACGAGAACAUCCAGAGACUCUCGCAGUCCAAGCUUGGACUUGAAGGAUCCGUUUUGAACUGGCUACAGACGAGAAAUAGCCUCGUACUCCACUGUGCAGUCAUGUCUCGACCAUGUGAGGAGUCGGAGCGUCUAGUGCAAUACUUGGUCGAUCACCACCCUGAGUGCCUGGAGGUUCGCUCUUCGGGAGGACAUACUCCGCUUUCCCUCGCCUACUCCCUUCAUCGAACGAGCUAUGCGCGCAUCCUUAUCGCCGCCGGAGCCGAUCAGACGGUUCGCGAUUCCGAUAGUCGUAACCUCAUGCACCUCCUCCUCAAUCACAUCAACGGAGCCGCCUCUAAAAAGGCCGAAGAAAUUGCUCCACUGAUCAGCCUCCUAGACAAACAACUCGUCUCCUCAAUGCUCGCACAGCGUGCUGGAGAAGGAUCAAUGACCCCCCUCGGAUGUUGGCUUAAGUCGAGCUACAAUGUCGACACUUGGGAUUUCCAACAUGCCAUGUUCAAAGAAGUUCGCGACAGAAUGGCCACCAUGGCAAGACUGCUGAUGGAUUAUGAUGAAUUAAGCAACCAAAGACAGCUAGAUAUUCUUGACGGAUCCGGAAACACUGCGGUGCACAUUGCAGUCCAUUGGGGGUAUCCUGCAGUAUUGGAAGCGAUGCUUGAUCGACGACCUGAUCUUUUGUACCGAGAGAGCGCAACUGGUUGCACUCCACUCGAGCUGGCUAGGGAUUCCUGGGUUAAUGAUAAUACUCGCAGACCUCGCAUGAAGCCUACCGACUGGAGAUCUGACAGUCCCCCUGAAUGGGAUCUGGUUGUUGCUCGUCAUUCACAUCACUUUGUUAAAGGCCGUGAGUCGAGGUCAAGAUGGGAGGUUAUGUUUCAGAUUUGUCAGGAUAGGUCUGAGGAGCGACCUGGGAAGAGAAGACUCGUUACUUUGUUCGAGGCAAAUGAAGUUGCAAAACGCUUGACUGUUGACAACAAUUGGACGAAGCGUCAUGCACGGGGUGGUCGGAAUUAUAUACCUGAGGCUGAUUCUGUUGCUGAGGAGGAGGAGAAAGAUGAGGUUGCUCUAUGGGGACAGACUGCCCAUUAG